UCUCCAGUUGGCUGGCCUCCCUUCCUCGUUAGCCCGGCCUCGCCGACGGAUUAGCCAAUGGGGGGGAGGAUAUGCAUUUUACUCCGCCCUCCCAGAACCGAGGCCAUGAGUGGAAUAUCGUUUCGCCAAUCAUAAGAGGAGUUCUCCCACAGCCCCGCCCCUUCACCCACGGCUCGCCAAUCGCUGUGAAGGAGUGACCAAACUCUAUUUCCCUGAAGGCCUUGCGGCCAGGAGCGACCUGUCCAGUCUUCUGCGUCUUGGUAGCCGUCGGAGCGGGAGCUGCAAGUCCGUGUCGGACGCUGUCCACACUCUCAGUUCAGUCGCACCGAGCCCUUCUCGUCGGCCCACUUCAUCCCGCCUUUCCCUGCGGAGCCCGGCGUCUACGGGAGCCUGUCCUUGGAUCCAGCGUCUCAAAGUCGGCACGCCCCUCAGCGUCCGCCCGCGGCCGGCGAGGACGCCGACCGCGCCGCUGUCGCCUGGUCGCGAUGGCGCCCACCAUCCAGACCCAGGCCCAGCGGGAAGAUGGCCAUAGGCCCAAUUCCCACCGGACCUUGCCUGAGAGGUCUGGAGUGGUCUGCCGAGUCAAGUACUGCAAUAGCCUUCCUGACAUCCCAUUUGACCCCAAGUUCAUCACCUACCCCUUCGACCAGAACAGGUUUGUUCAGUACAAAGCAACCUCCUUGGAGAAACAGCACAAACAUGACCUCCUGACUGAGCCAGAUCUGGGGGUCACCAUUGAUCUCAUCAAUCCUGACACCUACCGAAUUGAUCCCAAUGUUCUUCUGGAUCCGGCUGAUGAAAAGCUUCUGGAAGAGGAGAUUCAGGCUCCUACCAGCUCUAAGAGAUCCCAGCAGCAUGCAAAGGUGGUACCGUGGAUGCGUAAGACAGAAUAUAUCUCCACUGAGUUCAACAGAUACGGCAUCUCCAAUGAGAAGCCUGAGGUCAAGAUUGGGGUUUCUGUGAAACAGCAGUUCACAGAGGAAGAAAUAUACAAAGACAGGGACAGCCAGAUCACAGCCAUUGAAAAGACUUUUGAAGAUGCCCAGAAAUCGAUCUCCCAGCAUUACAGCAAGCCCCGAGUAACACCAGUUGAGGUCAUGCCUGUCUUCCCAGAUUUUAAGAUGUGGAUAAACCCAUGUGCUCAGGUCAUUUUUGAUUCAGACCCAGCCCCCAAGGACACAAGUGGGGCAGCUGCAUUAGAGAUGAUGUCUCAGGCCAUGAUCAGGGGCAUGAUGGAUGAGGAAGGGAACCAGUUUGUGGCUUAUUUUCUGCCUGUGGAAGAGACACUAAAGAAACGAAAGCGGGACCAAGAGGAAGAGAUGGACUAUGCACCAGAUGAUGUGUAUGACUACAAGAUUGCUCGGGAAUACAACUGGAAUGUGAAGAACAAGGCCAGUAAGGGCUAUGAGGAGAACUAUUUCUUCAUCUUCAGAGAGGGUGACGGGGUUUACUACAAUGAGCUGGAGACCAGAGUCCGUCUCAGUAAGCGCCGGGCCAAGGCUGGGGUUCAAUCAGGUACCAAUGCCUUGCUUGUCGUCAAACACCGUGACAUGAAUGAGAAGGAAUUAGAAGCCCAGGAGGCACGCAAAGCCCAGUUGGAAAACCACGAACCAGAGGAAGAGGAGGAGGAAGAGAUGGAGGCUGAAGAAAAAGAAGCUGGGGGCUCAGAUGAGGAACAGGAGAAGGGCAGCAGCAGUGAGAAAGAAGGCAGCGAGGAUGAACACUCUGGAAGUGAGAGUGACCGAGAGGAAGGUGACAGAGAUGAGGCGAGUGACAAGAGUGGCAGCGGUGAGGAUGAAAGCAGCGAGGAUGAAGCACGAGCUGCCCGGGACAAAGAGGAGAUUUUCGGUAGUGACGCUGAUUCAGAUGAUGCUGACUCUGAUGAUGAGGACAGAGGGCAGGCCCACAGGGGCAGUGACAAUGACUCGGACAGUGGCAGUGAUGGUGGUGGCCAGAGGAGCCGCAGCCAGAGCAGGAGUCGUAGCCGGAGUGCCAGCCCCUUCCCCAGUGGCAGUGAGCACUCAGCUCAGGAAGAUGGCAGUGAAGCUGCAGCUUCUGAUUCCAGUGAGGCUGACAGUGACAGUGAUUGAGCCGCAAUGCUUUCUGAUGAGAUCAGCACAGACACCAUUUUUAGGGCAGGGAAGUACUUUUCUAGUUGUCUGUUUUGUGAGCCUUUGUCACUGCCCCUCAAUCUUUGCUGUUAAUAAACCUAACUUCUCUUGACUUCAUCUCCCAAAGCCUCUGUUCCCCUUCACAUUAUCUUGCCGCCCCUGCCCCCCCACCCCACCCCCAUGAUCUCCACUUGAAGCACAAAAUCAAGUCCCCAUGGAUUCCCAGGAAAUGCAUCAUAAGAAAAAUUAAAGAGUCUUUUUGGUUA